CUCCUGCUUUGCUAUGAACAAGUACUAAUGUUAUCAAAAGGGCAUUUUAAGGUAAAAAUAAACGAUUCUGUUUAUCUUAAAGUAUCAGAUUGAAGAAAUACCGAUAGAUUACCCGAAGGCCGCACCACCUGCAUCUGACCGAGAAGAAAGUGUUUUUUUAGAGGAUAUAUGGUUUCGUGUCGACACCAAUAAUAGCACAUCUAGUGACUAUCGUGGCAUUGAUAACUGGGAUGCAUUUUCUGACGUGACAUCAAUUCUUGAGAGUGACAAAAUUGUGCCGAGUAUUCACGAAUUGUUGGUAAUUGAUGACCAUAUGUGUAAGGCAACGCCUGACUUGCUUGAUUCGUAUGAAAAACUCUUUGAUUACAUAAAUGAUGCCAUUGACAAGGAAAAAUCGUGUGACUUUCCAAAAAUAUUGAAAGCGCGGGCAAUAAUCAAAUGGAUAUCACAGCAAAUUUCGACCAAGGUCAAUGAUGGAUAUGCUGGAACAGAAACUCCCGGAGGCUUGAUUAAUCUUUUGAAGGGUAAACGGAUAAAGUACUCAAACUGCUUUGCAAGGCUCUGUAGACAAGCAGGUCUCAAGUGUGUGAUUAUAACAGGCCUUUGUAAGACAAGUUCUUAUCAACCAGGCGAUAAAUGGGCCUAUCAAAUGACCUGGAAUGCAGUGGAAGUUGAAAACGGUUGGCAAAUUGUGCACCCAUAUUGGAUUUGUAAUCCUGUUGGCAACCACAAGCAAGAUUACUGGAUCAAGAAUGAUGGAGCUGAUCUUGGUGUCAACGCUAACUUUGAAACUUUUCAAGAGCGAUACUUCAUGCCUAAACCUGAAGAAUUCGUCUACGAGUGUUGGGCAUAUAAAACAGAAUGGCAACUUAUAGGAAGUAAUGCUAAUGUAAAAGAUUCGAAUGAGUUCCUUGAAAUGCCUUAUUUUCUUCCUCCAUAUUUUUCUAGUGGUCUUGAGCUUACAAGUGAAAGAAAGUGUCAUUUAAAAAGUGACAAAAAUGGAGUCUGUGUAAUACAGUUUCAUUUUCCGCUGGCAAAGGCUGUCACAUAUCCUUUACAGUAUGAACUUUUAGAAAUGGAAAGUCCCCCCGGUUGUGAGACAGUUGAAUUGUCAUCAAAAACGUAUUUAAUUCAAGAACUGUUGAUGGUUAUAGCUUUGAAAUAAGGUUCUUGCAAAAGGGCGUUUACAAGUUUGUAAUAUAUUGCGGCCCAUACCAAUAUUCCCCACUACGUCUUUGUGAAUUCAAACUCGUGUGUUCUGAAUUACCUGGCAAGCAAACGGUUUUACCAUUGGAAUGCCCACUUACAGGUUGGGGUCCGGGCCCAUACUCAUAUGCAGCCGGUUUAAUCAUUCCUUCCAUUUUUUCUGGACGGAUUCCUGUACGUGUAGGAAAGGAAAUUUGUUUAAUGUUUUACCUUAGCCACAAAGACAACCAAUUUACCAUCAAACUUAGUAAUGCUGAUGCAGGGUCUAUCCGAUGUGAUCGAGGAAACGGUACAGGAAAGAAACUUGUGAUACACGUCACUCUACAGACUGAAGGUGAAUGCGCUUUAUGUAUAUGCAGUGCAGCAAUGUCAAAUAGAGGAGGCAUCGAGGAAAACAUUGUCUGUACCUACCUUUUGUCAACAUUGGUUAAACCAACAGGAAUCA